CAUUUCCCCCCUAAUCCUUCACCAAUCCAAACGAGUUCCAUCCAUUUAUCUCACACACAAAAAUAAAUCUCAAACAUUUCUCUCAAAUGGCGAAAAUUUCCGCAAUUUUUAUGGUUGCAUUGUUUGUGAGCGCGGCGGUGGUUGCUCCCCGUGCGCAGGGCGUGACCUGCAGCACGGUGACGAGCACCUUGCAGUCGUGUGGCUCGGCGGUGCAGAAGGGCGGAAGUGCGUCGCCCGACUGCUGCCGCGCCAUUAAGUCUCUAAACAAUGCCGCCAACACCAAGCCAGCGCGUAAGACUAUUUGCGAGUGCGUCAAGACUCUCGCCAAAACUUACAAAGUCAGCACUCAGACAAUUUCCUCCAUCGCCAAGAAGUGCAACGUCGGCAUUUCCAACCUCGGAUCCAACGUUGACUGCAACAAGGCGUAAUGAGCGGACGUGGAAAUUGGCAGAUCGGCCUGCAACAUUUUCCUUUUUAACCUAUAGCAUAAAUUGCAGGAUCAUUGGCCACUUUUUAAAAUAAACAUUUUAUAGAUUUAUAGUAUAUUUUAUGAUUUCAUGUACGGUUCCUAGCAUGGAGAUCCGGCAAUAUUUGUUAUUGUUGGCUAUUACAUGCAGAUAUAGAAUAAAGUUUAAUGGUUUUAAUUUUCUCAA